AUGUUACCCGAAGAAACGGCACCAAACAGGCUACUUAAAACCCCCCACAAUUUAGAAAAAACACUCCACCACGCCUUACUGAUGACGGAAGUUGGAAUGGACUUGAAGGAACGCUACAUAUCCGGCGAAAAGUAUGUCUGCUACCUAAAAAGCAUAAUAACUGGUGCAGACAAGGCCAUUACGGCACUGCACUAUAUAUCGAAAUCUUCUCUCGAAGAGGCUAAACAAUUGAUAAAAUCAUUGGGAGGGCCCGACGUCCCUACAAAUAUAAGGAAUGAAUAUGAAAAGCUGCUAGCCAUUAUCGAUAAGCAGUUAAAUGACUUGGAAAUGAAGAACUUGGAGCAGAGCAUUGAAAACUUGGAUAUAACGCAGAUCAGCGAUAAAAUCAGAUACCUCGAAUUGAAGCAGAAGAAUUUGGAAAACAGUUUCUUCCCUCCACCUACUACCGCCAGCAAUAAGAGUAUCAAAGCUGACAUUGACGAAAAGUACCCCGAAAAUUUAUCUAGAGAAUCCUUGAUAGAUCUGAACAAUGUUGUCAAUCUCCCACCUGUCCCCGAAGAUAUUUUCACCAGUUUUUCAAGUAAACCUACGAGAACUUCAAGUUUAUCGUCACUGAAAAGCAUGAGGAAGAUAAAGCUCUAUUUGCAAAAAGCAGAAAGCUCGGAUGAUGAAGACAGUUCUGAAAAUGAAGAGUCCGAAUAUCAUAAAUUAGUUUUUGGAGACAGCGAUGAGAGCAAAUCUUCAAGCCUCCUCAGUCCUUUAUCGAAGAAACACUUGGGGAACAUAAAAGAAGAGGCUCAAGAUUAA